AUGGCUGUAGCUGAGCCGGCUGUAGCAGUCUGUGCAGCUACAGCCACUGGAGUUCCACCCAUUCUUGUUGCUGCUAUAGAAGCUACAGCUGCUGCUAUGGCUGCUGCAGCUUCUUCCCGCAUUGUACCCGCUGCACCUGGCCCUGCCGCCCCUCCUGCUACAGCCGGCCCAGGCUUCCAUCCUGCUACAGCCGGCCCUGGUUUCCCUCCUGCUACGGCCGGCCCUGCCGCCCCUCCUGCUACAGCCGGCCCAGGCUUCCCUCCUGCUACAGAUGGCCCUGCCUUUCCUCCCGCUACAGCUGCUGAUUGCACUCCCAGCCUGCCAACCGCUACAGCCGUGACAGGGGCAGGAAUUUCUUUAUCUCCCUCUGAGGGCUGUCCUUUGACUGUUGACGGCUGGACUCCAGUGGGAGCUGUAGCAGGGGCAGAAACACGGGCAGGAGUAGGGGCAGGAGCACGGGCAGGAGUAGGGGCAGAAACACGGGCAGGUGUAGGGGCAGAAACACGGGCAGGCACAGGGGCAGAAACAAGGGCAGGCACAGGUGCAGAAUCACGGGCAAGCGUAAGGGCAGGAGAAGGAGUAGAUGCAGAUGCACUUGCACUUGAAGAAGCAGCAGCGGGAGGGGUGGCGGCAGUAGGGGGAGGGGUGGGUGAUUUGGCUGCUGCUGUUGCUGCAGGGGAGGCAGUGGUCGGCGCUGACGCUGCUGCUGCUGCUGCUGCUGCUGCUGCUGCUGCUGCUGCUGCUGCUGCUGCUGCUGCUGCUGCUGCUGCUGCUGCUGCUGCUGCUGCUACUGGCACUGCUGUUGCUCCUGCUGCAACGGUUUGGUGGGAGGCAGGGGGAGAGGUGGAGGCUGGGAGAGAGAGGAAGGCUGGGGACGAGGGGGCGGCAGGGGAAGAGGCGGGGGCUGUUGUGGGAGAGGAUGAAGGCGGAGUGGGGGCAGCGGGGGGCCCUGCUGCGUCACGUGCAUGUACAACCUUCUCUGCACCCUUGUUCUUUUCAGUCACGCCAUGCUCGCUUGCCUUCGCGUUUCCACCUUGGUUCCCCUCCUUCCCGCUCCCACCCUCCAUGUUCCCCGUGGCACUCGCGCCUGCUUUCGUGUUCGCCUCCCCUUCCGCACUCAUGUCUCCUUUCGCGCGCGCGUCUACUUUCGCGCUCGCGUCGCCUUUCGCGCUCGCGUCGCCUUUCGCGCGCGCGUCGCUAACGUCUCUCUUUGGAUCCACGCUCACGCUAACACUAGCGCCCCGUACGUUCUCCUUCGCGUCGCCGCCGCGCUGA